CUCCAGUAAUGUGUGAGUCAGUGCUGUGGAGAGCAGAGAGGCAACAGACACAGCAGCAGCAGCAGCAGCGUGAGACACGUUUCACUCUCACGAGUGCCAACAACGCAGAAGAGCAGGAUGGGAAAGCUGAGCGGCUGAGCAAGAGGAGGAAGUGAAACAACCAUAUAGACAGCAAGAAGUGAGGGAGAGAAGUAAGACGACAGGUCGACGGCUCCUUUUUUGACAACCGCCUUUCUUUGCUGUUGAAAGACUGACUGUGGAAGAUCACUGACUUGCCCUUUUGAUUGACAGAUCAGUCUAAACUGAUCCACGGAAAGAGAAAGGUGGCAUCAGGUUUAGGACUCGACGUAGUGCAGGGAUGUCCUGGUUGUCUCCGGUCCAGUGGGCCAAAUGGACAUGGUCAGCAGUGACUGGGGGUGCGGGAGAUGAUGGGCAGCCCAGAGCGAAGGAUGACGGAGAGGACAAUUCAGACUCGGAGGGAACCUUUGAGACUCCAGAGGCCGAGUCUCCAGGUGUUGUGAAGCUACUGGGCCAACUGGACAACUCCAACCACACAGUUCUUCCUGAUGUUACAAACCACUUUCUGGACAAGAACUCUAACCAGGAUGAUGGUACACUUUCAUUCCAAGAGGCUGAUUCCCUGAACAACCUCACCAGCUCCUCACCUAACAACAACAGCUUCAGUUUGGAUCAGAACCUUAAUUUGACCCUAAGCACCAAACCCAGUCCAGGAGAGGGCCUCUCCCCGUCCACACCUCAGCCUCAGUCUCAAGCUCUCCGGCCCCCGUCGCUAUCCGUCAUCUCCCCACUGAACAAACCCGACCCUACAGAAGUGGAUGACGAGGCACCGGUGACGUCCGACUCCAGCCCAGACUCAAACUUGAUCCCCGGUCAUGACAUUUGUGUGGACCCUGAUUUGCUCAAUGGCAACAUGAACUCUGACACUGUGCUGUCAAACACUAAACUGACCUGUGAGACCAGCGACACCACAAUCAAGAACUCCUGUAAAGUGAAGCAGAACCAGUUGAUGCAAAAGGACUUCGGUGAACAGCUGAAGGAUGACCAUCAUGGAGGGCACGCCACAGACGAGGAGAAACUGGCGAGCAGUGUCAAACCAGACAAGGACCAAAGCAUCAAAGACUGCCAUGUGACAUCCAAACCUGAGGAGUCAGACUGCUGCUCUGUGCAGUACGAGGACACGUGCAAACUGAAGAACAAGUCAAGGGGAAGUGAGAUGCAGAAAACAGGAAGUCAGGUCCUGGAUUCCAUCUGCAUCAGUGAGGCAGAAAAAGAGGCCGUUCUCACUCUCAUUAGAGAGGAGAUCAUCACUAAAGAAGUGGAAGCCAACGACUGGAAGAAAAAGUACGAGGACUGCAGACAAGAAGUCAGUGAGAUGAGGAAGAUUGUUGCAGAAUACGAGAAGACAAUUGCUCAAAUGAUCGAGGAUGAGCAGCGCAACAGCUUGAGCUCCCAGAAGGCUUUGCAUGCUGUGACGAUGGAGAAGGAAGCCGCCCUGGCAGAUCUGAACUCCGUGGAGCGCUCUCUCUCUGACGUGUUUCGGCGUUAUGAAAAUAUGAAGAGCACCCUGGAGGGCUUCAAGAAAAAUGAAGAGGUCCUUAAGAAGUGUGCUCAGGAGUAUCUCACCAGAGUCAAACAGGAGGAGCAGAGAUACCAGACUCUUAAACUCCAUGCUGAGGAGAAACUGGACAAGGCCAAUGAGGAGAUCGCUCAGGUGCGUGUGAAGGCGAGCUCAGAGAGCAUGGCGCUGACCGCCAGCCUGAGGAAGGAGCAGAUGAAGAAUGAGUCUCUUGAACAAGCCCUGCAGCAGAAGAAUCAAGAAAUCGAGGAACUCACAAAGAUCUGUGAUGAACUGAUUGCCAAAAUGGGAAAAAUAGACUGAGAGGCCCUUCCUGUGAAUCAGCGACUGCCGUUCCUCUGGUCCUGCUUACAGUGACGCCCCAUGCAUGUCCCCAGCCACAAAGCAGCUCUUAUACCCUGUGCCAGCCCUGCAUCUCAGAGACUGCUUAUGUACAAAUGUCUAAAGUAACUUCCUAUAAACUUCUAUUGCACUACUUGUGACCAGAAUCAAGAAGGUUCUAGAAAUACUAAUUAUUGUUGAGACGUUGUUAUAUUUGGUCGCUUUGUUUUGUUUGCAUUUAUUGCCCGUUAUGAGGCCAUCUGGACCCCUUGUACUUUCGUCCAUCAUGCCAGCGAACAACAACCUGCUUGUGACUCAACUUAAGUUCCCAGCAGCUUAACGGCUAAAUUCCUGCAGGAUGACAUCAGAUUUAAUGCAGGCUGGGAUUGUUUUGGAGUUUCAUUUUCAGUGCUUAUGCUUUGAUUGACAUUUGAUAAGGAUUGUUUAAAAGCAACAAUCCAUAAAAUGUAUUUUUCUAUGACAUGAACAAGGAUUUUAGUCUGAGAGAGGGAAGCUCAGGGGUAUGGUGUAGGGCAGAAUGAGGUCAGGGUUAAAGUGAAGCUGCACAAGAGCUGAAGCAAAGGAUUUAGGGUUGUUUAAGGGAGUGCAUUAGUCCUCAGGGGACUUGGGUUGUUAAGGAGUGACACUGCAAGCAGAAGAGUCAGGACCACAUUUCAGUGAAAUUAAAGCAGCAAAUAAUUCACAGUAUUUGCUUUACCUGAUUUACAGUACCACAAAGUUGAGAUUCUAGGCAAUUCAAGUAGCUGCAGAAUGUUUAUCAUUCACAGAGACGUAUAAUGAUCCGACAAUCAGGGACUUUUCUGUGUAAACUUUGUGCAUUGUCUUAUCUGAUCCACAAAGUCAAUACAGAGACAACUUUAUCCUUCACCACUGGUCCCUUUCUUGUGUUAAGAAUCCUGAACAACUGGAAAAAGUUCAAACAUAAUGACACUAUAUUUUAGUUGAAGAUAUUACUAUUAGCCAGUGGUGCAAUAUGUCAACAUUUUUUAAAACCAUCACUCAGUCACAGACUGUCCACUAAUCACAUUUACUUACUUACCACAAAGGAAACUAAGAGUUUGACGUCUUUGUGAGAAGUUUCUUUUUUCUGUUGCUUACUUGUGACAAAGAUAUGAGCUCUCAUUCCUGUAUUUGCAGUGCUGCACUAGUUAUUCAACAGAUCAGUUUUUUUGCAUGUUUAUUUUCUUGGCUUCACAUUUCUCAGGAUUCAGAUUGUCUUCUUAACACACCAGUAACACUAAGUUGUGUUCAGCACAGUGCUUUAGUAAUGACUGGGAGGUUGUGACGUAACUGCGUAUUAGAUAAAUUAUUUCAGAGCUGGUGUCAAUGUGAUACCUGGGUAUUGGUUCUGAUUUUAAAAAAACCUUUUCAAAACUUGCCUUUUUCUACAAAAAAACAUUUGUUUCCAACAACAUCAGUGUUUACUGAAGGCAUAACACAAAACACUAUUUACCUCAAUAUAAUACAGUAUAUUAUUUGCAAAGCUAUAAUCAGGGAACGUUUUGGUUAAAGAAAGUGAAACAAGACUGAAAAUCUGACUAAACAUUAAGUUCUAAUUUUAGAUACUUCACUGGUUUCAAUACUCAGUUCUGUGGAUUCAGUCACUAUUGAAAAAGUUUUAAUAUCUGAUUGCCAGCCUCUUAACCACCAUGUAAAUCCACUUAUGACACAAACCCACACUGGUAUGCCACAGUUUGUGCCAUUCUAAGGUCACGUCAGCUGGUUUGUCUUUGUUUUAUGAACUAUUGUUUUAGCGCCUUUCUUGAGUUAUUGUUUGUAUUUGUAAAUUAGAAAUAGCCAUCUCACACUUGUGUUGGCUCAUUGAGGACUAACAGUGAGGGUGUUGUACAUUUGCCUGAAUAAACAUAAAUAUAAUUUGUCUUA